GCCGAUUAUUAUCCCUCCAAGCGCUUAUGUACGAGUACCCAUCAUCCUCAGAAUCCAUCCCGUGUCCUCCUUCGACAUCUGAAGCACCUUCUGCGUUUGUGCCAUUCUUAUUUAUCUUGAAACAAACGCCACAAAUUGCCUCUCAUUGGCUGCCUUGUGGAGGCAAUAUGACCCAGGCAUAGCGACGCUCGCAUGGCGUGCCGGCGGAUCAUGUACCAGGUCAAAGGCUUAGAUGGGAACAUCAAAAUGCGGGAAAUUCCUCAUCCUUAUUGCCAUGUCAAUACCACGUUACUAUUCUUGCAGCCUGCAAUCACGUUUGAAGGAUGAUACGGUGGAGUUUCUACAGCAUGACAACUCACUAUACGAUAAGUUAUAUAACAGCCAUGAUUUCUCUGAGAAAUCAAUUAUCAACAGCACAACAGCAGUUAUCCACCACAUUCCUUACUCUCCUUGUUUCCUAUUCUUUUUCUUUACACACUCCUUGAUCAUCAGAUUUCUGUAUCUUUUCCAGACUCCUUUUCCCUUUUUCGUCAUUAUAUUUUUCCACAAAAAUGUCGUCCAGCGCUGCGUUCAUUGUGAUUCUUGCCCUUGCUGGCAACGCUCUAGCAGCACCUGCUGCCAAUGACCCUAGAUUUAACCUCGUUGAGAGAGAAGCAUAUGAUGACGGACGAUAUCACUGGAAGCCAUCUCCCAUCACAUCAGGAGUAGAUGCUUCUUACUCUGAAUAUGUUCCUCGCCCAACCAAGGGACAUGGCCACCCUAUCAGUGGAGUUUCCGCUUCUGAUUAUCCCUUCUCUCAAGCUCCUGUGCCAACAAAGAUCUCCACUAUCCGACCAGGAAGACCGAUUACAACUUCAAAGCCAUCUUUCCCUACCUUCAAGCCAGAGACCACCUCUGUCAUUGUCAAGACCACCAAGAUCAAGACCACCAAGACUGCCAAAGAGAGUGAACCGACUGACGCUGUACCAUCUAAAACACCAGCAACAACAACGCCAGUAGCCAAAAAGGAAUUCAAGGGUGACGGUACCCCGGCCCAGGGCUGGCCAGGAAGUGACAAGUGGCUUAGCUUUGAUGGACUGUAAGUUCUUCUCAGAAAUAUCUUAGAAUUUUUCUUACUAAUUAUUCUUAGUUGGAACGCCAACGAGAAGAACAUCAAGUCUUCCUGCCAAAACGGCAUCCCGCAAAACAGUGAAAAGGAGAACAAAAACCUGAAAGCCGCUAUCCAGUCAGUCGGCAAAGAUGCCGGUGUAGACUCACGCUUCAUCCUCGCUGUCGUACUUCAAGAAUCUCACGGCUGUGUCCGCGUCGAGCACACCCUAUCCCCAGGUGACUCUAUCCACAACCCGGGUCUCAUGCAAUCCCAUCAAGGAGAAUUCGACUGUGAGAAGUUUGGCAGCAAAGAAUGCACCAACGAGCGCAUUGUCGGUAUGAUCCAAGAAGGAGCAGUCCACACCAAGAAGCCAGAUGGCUCCGGAUUGAAGACUGGUCUUGAGACCGCGAAGAAAGAUGGUUCAAAGAGUGAUGCUCAGAGUGCUUAUUGGUCUGCCAGACUUUAUAACUCCGGUGAUUUCAGUUAUGUUAAGGGGGGAGACUUGAGUAGCACAGUCAAGGCUGCUACUGCUAGUUACUCUUCUGACAUUGCUAACCGUCUGGUUGGUGCUGUCUUCUAAGUACAUAUCGAUUCCAUUAUGUUCGGUUUUCUAUACGGAUCUUGGAGCUUUGGUCUCCUUGCAAUAGCCGGCUACAACUACUUACGAACCAUAAGAGCGCAAGCGUUCUGCAUUGAACAACAUAGGAACUUGCGCAGAACGUGUCCUGGCAGUUUCUGCGAGCAUCGGAGUGAACGCAAUUACGGAAAAUUUUGGGUUAUGGUUUUGGAGUGAUGCGUUUGUCUCUAUUUGUUUCUGUUUGGGUCGGCUGCUGUUCCGUUCUUGGAUUUUGUGUUUUCUUUUUUGCGUUUUCACUGUGCUUGAAACCCCUGAGAAUGGGCAUCCGUUCUUACAUUCCUGGGCCGGGGCUGAGCGCCUUUUAGAUAUUGGCUAUAUGGGCUUGUGUAACAAUACCAAGAAUGAAAUGCAAUGAAUUGAUUAUUAGAUCACUCU